CGUGGCCAGAGGGGCGGAGCCUGUGGGCGUCGUGGAGAUGCUGCCUAGCAACGUCAAGGAAGGAUGAGAGUCGCGAGGGAGCCAACUCAGACCUGGAGAUCCACCUGGAAGGGGCCUUAUGACAGACUCCAGAGAAGUGCUGGAGGAGGAUCCUCUUUACCAGACUCCCUCACAGCACAUCCCAAAGCCAUGGGUGACUCCAGCCCCAAAGGAGACCCUACAGCGCAUCUUUGGGACCAGCCAGGUGUUCUGGACCACUGAUGAUAUAGGACCAGAGGUCACUGGGUCAACAGUACCCCGCAAAGUCAGGGAGUACUACCAGCAAGGCCAUCAGUGCUUGGAGAAAGAAGACUGGGAGUUGGCUGUGCUGUUCUUCUCCCGCGCCCUCCACCUGGACUCCCAGCUGGUAGACUUCUACGCCUUAAGAGCCGAAGCCUACAUCCAGCUCUGCGACUUCUCCUCGGCUGUCCAGAACCUGCGCAGGGCCUACUCCUUCCAGCCAGAGAACACCAAAUACCUGGAGCGGCUCACCUUUGUGCUUUACCUGCAGGGCCAGUGCCUGUUUGAGCAGUGUGCCUUUCAGGAUGCCCUGAACAUCUUCUUGCAAGCCUGUGAGCUCCAGCCCGAGAAAUCCUGCUUCCGUUACCGAUGCAUGACCUGUCUCCUGGCCCUCAAGCAGCAUCGCGACUGCCUCUCACUUGUCACUAAGGAGGUGAACCGUGGCACAACCAAUGCCGAUGUCUACAUGCUCCGGGCCAGGCUCUAUAACUUCUUCCAGAAGCCCAAGCUCUGCUAUCAAGACCUGCACAGCGCCUUGCUACUGGAUCCCAAGCAUGCACAGGCCAAGGUGCUGCUCAAGGUGAUGGUGGACCAGGCCCAGAAGUCACGCCAAGAUGCGGGGAUCCUAGCCGUGCAGGGCAAGCCUCAGCAUGCGCUACACUGUAUCAACUGUGCCAUUGAAAACAACCCUCUGGACCCCAGCCUCUUCCUCUUCCGGGGCACCAUGUACCGACGGCUCCGGGAGUUUGAUGCCGCCGUGGAGGACCUCCUGAAGGCUCUGGACAUGAUGACCGAGUGCCAGGAGGACAUGGUGCAGCAGGCGCAGCGCCAGCUGCUGCUGACCUACAACGACUUCGCCGUGCACUGCUACACGCAGGGCGCCUACCAGGAGAGCGUGCUGCUGCUCAACAAGGUGCUCAAGGACGAGCAGCAGGAGAAGGGUCUGUACAUCAACCGCGGCGAUUGCUUCUUCCAGCUGGGCAACCUGAUCUUUGCCGAGGCGGACUACCAGCAGGCGCUGGAGCUGAACCCGCAGGACGAGGGCGCCAACAUGCGCAUGGGCCUGCUGCAGGAGAUAUUGGGGUUUUGCCAGCAGAAGAGCAAGCAGUUCCAGAAGGCGGAGAGCCACUUCUCAACGGCCAUCCGACACAAUCCCCAGGGAGCCCAGUACUACAUACACCGUGCCAGGUGCCGGGAGCUCAUGCAGAACAUUUUUGGGGCCCGCCAAGAUGUGGCCACUGCCCUGCUCCUCAACCCUAAGCAACCCAAGCAAUUGCUCCGGCUGAUGGCUGACCUCUUCCCGGGCAUGUCAGUGGAGGAGAUACUUAGCAGCCAGAUGGCCCAACUGGCCAAGCUGGAGCUGAGUCGGGUGGUGGAGAACAGCCUGCAGGACAGCACCCCUCGAGGCAUCAUGGGGCAGCUCAGGAAGUGGGAACUAGAGCGCCAGAAAGCCCAGGUCCUGCAGGAGUCCUAUAAGCUGGAGCAGCCUCCAUUUGAGACCUCUGAGCAGCUGGACGCCACCACCCAGACCCUGCAGGCAGAACCAGAACACCCAGAGGAGGCCAAGGGCCCUGAGGAAGAGGAGGAGGAGGAGGAGAAGGAGGAGAAGCCGGAGCCCGCUCUUAGAAAGCUGACGUCCCUGUCUGACAGCUACCUCGACCAGACCUCUUCGGGCUCCAUCUUCGGCUUCAGGACCCUGUCAACCUCGGAGACAGAGACGUCCACUGCCCCCCAGGAAUACAGGAGCACCUCGGUCACCACUGUGACAUUCUCCGAUUCCUCACUCCUGAAGACUCAGUCCUCAGACUUGGGGAACAACAGGGACCUAAGCCUGAGCCAUGGCCCCAGAAAAGCCAAGGCUGCCUGGGGCCAGAGCCAGAGGUCCAGCAAGACGGAGGCCGCCCAGGGCCAGAGCCAGAGGUCCAGCAAGACGGAGGCCACCCAGGGCCAGAGCCGGAGGUCCAGCAAGACGGAGGCCACCCAGGGCCAGAGCCGGAGGUCCAGCAAGACGGAGGCCACCCAGGGCCAGAGCCAGAGGUCCAGCAAGACGGAGGCCAUGGAGAGCCAGAGCCAGAAGCCCAGCAAGACUGAGGCCAUCCACACCCCAAGGCAAAAGACCAACAAGACUAAGGCUACCCAGGGCCCAAGGCAGAGGCUCAGAAAGGCCCGGGUUGCUCAUGGUCGGAGCUGGGGACCCAGCAAGGCUAAUGCCACCCAGGGCCACAGCUGGGGACUGAUGCGAAGUUCCAGUAAGACCAAGACUUUCUAUGACCCAAGCUGGAACCCUAGUAACACUGAGGCCACUCAGGGGCAGUGCCAAAGUCCCAAAAAGAUGGAGGAUCCCCAGAGCUGGACUCAGAGCAUGAGCCUAGGUUCCAGCGAGACUGAGGUCACGACGGGCCUGAACCAGAACCCCAGCCAAAUCCAGGCUGACCAGAACCCCAGUCCUGGCAGUUACACUGCUCUCUGAAGGGGCCCCUGAGCCCC